AAUGGCAAAAGGAGCAACAAAGGGAAAUAAAGGAGCUAAGAAAGCUGGAACACCAAGUCAAUUAUUUAAUUUAUUGUAGAAGCUACAAAGAAUGUUAAGAAAGUAACUAAAAAGACCACUGAUGCUACUCCAGCACCAGCCCCAGUGACAACUACACCACCUGCACCUACCACUGCAACACCAGUUGCUGCAACAACACCCAAAAAAUAAGGAAAGCAAGCAACUAAACCAAAGAAAGCUACUAAAAAAGCCACAAAGAAGGCUCCCAAGAAAUAAGCCAAGAAAUGAUU